CCAUCAUCCACGCUGGAUGAAGCCUGUCCAUCGAAGCUGCACUGGGAUCGCCCACACUCUGUCGGUCCCAACAGUCUGAGCCUAGCCUGGAUUCUGGACUGGCAAGCUUGUGGGAUCAGGAGUUGCCCCCAUCUACUGGCCUCCGUGGAUCCGAGCUAACCUGUGAACGGCAGGACCAACCUCUAUAAACAAAACCGCACAACUGGACGCCUCCCUGUCUUUUGCAUCACUCCUGGACUGAGCGACAGACGGCCUUGACUUGAGAACUCUCAGGACGGCGUCUCUGUGCCUCCCACUACCGUGGGCCACUCCUGAAGAGCCAUGCUUCGCCUUUGGGUUUUCUGUCUCUUCCUGUUCCCUUGUUCCUCUGCCUACUCGGACAGCUGGAUGCCCCUUGUGAACCUCACGCAACGCCUCCUCCGCGAGGCUAACUCUUCCUUUUCUUCCAACUGCUGGGUCUGCUUAUCCAUCCAAACCCAGCGCUCUUUAGCCAUGCCAGCCCCACUAAGGACUUGGACAGAGACACCCAUGAAACUUCGUAUCAUGUACUCGGCCCGGAGCCUCUCCGGCCCGUACCCUAUUACCGACCUUGAGAGACGCCUCCAGAAUUUCCAGCCAUUGACUCCUCACUCCUCUUUCGUCAACCCUGACCAGCGGGCCAUUGCUUUCCUUCAGAUCACCAGCGCGACAGGCAUACUUCCGAUUCUUUCUCGGAUCACCUCGGUGAGAUACCCCGAUGACCACGUCUACGAAUCUGCCCAACGUCCCAUAUGGGGAUCACUCUCCACCCAAACGAUCCUCACUUCCCAGGCUCCUCUCUGCAUAUCCCGCUUCUUCAAGGAUUCAAACCAUGCCACCUUCGUGGGCAAACUCCCUGCCUCUCUUUGCAAUCACACCUUUCAGCUCUCCCCCUCGGCCAACCACCAAUCCAUAGAUCUGUCCUCCAGCUAUGCAUUCGCCCCGCUAAUGGCCAUGCCAGGGACUAAAUGGAGAAACCCCUUACGCUUUUCAGGACCUCCUUCCCUGAACUCAGGGACGCCUCACCACUCCUGCCCGAUAGAUGACAUCCACUGCCACACCUACCCCACCACCCCCUGGAGGUCCUGUCCUUCCUUCCCCGCUAGCACCUGCUAUAAUUUCACCCUAUUCGAGCCUGACAAUGCGAGCCGCCCUAUUACCCUGUCCGUGGACACCACAUACUUCAAGAUUAAACUCCAGGGACACAAAGACCCCUAUCCCCUCUUUCAGUACCAGCCCCUCAUGGGGGCAGCCCUCUCUGGACAAUAUUCAAUCUGGGAGUAUGAACCCACUGUUAUGAAAAACGGCGGUAUCACUCCAAAUCUCUUCUCCCACCUUGUCUCCUUAACGUACUCCUUCUGCCUCAACUCCUCCGGCGUUUUCUUCCUCUGUGGAAACUCAACUUAUGUCUGUCUCCCGGCCAAUUGGUCCGGCGUCUGUACCCUUGUCUUCCAAUACCCGGAUAUUGAACUCCUUCCUAACAACCAAACCAUAUCUGUCCCGCUUUUUGCUACAGUUCCCUCCUCUGUCCCCGCUUCUCGCCGCCGGAAGCGGGCCCUUCCUCUCCUUCCUCUCCUCGCCGGCCUGGGCAUUGCCUCUGCCCUGGGGUUAGGCAUCGCGGGUCUCACCACCUCAACCGUGUAUUUCCAACAGCUUUCCAAGGCUCUCUCUGACAGCCUAGACGAAAUAGCCACCUCCAUCAUCAGCCUCCAAGACCAAAUAGACUCGCUGGCGGGUGUCGUUCUCCAAAACCGCAGAGCUCUGGACCUCAUUGUGGCUGAGAGGGGGGGCACCUGCCUCUUCCUGCAGGAAGAGUGCUGCUUCUACAUAAACCAGUCCGGGGUAGUCCGGCACGCGGCAAGGAAACUUCGAGAAAGGGCCUCGGAACUCGGCACAAGCUCGAGCCCUUGGAUCCAGUGGCUGGGGCUGGGACCCUGGCUGCCCUCUUGGUUGACUUCCCUCAUGGGUCCCAUUCUCUUUAUCCUAGUACUGCUGGUUUUCCGGCCUUGUCUUCUUAACUGCCUGACUCAUUCUGUAUCGCGGCGAAUGAGUUCUUUCAUUCACACCACCACCGAAGGGCAUGUGGACAAGAUCCUUCUGCUUCGAGAGUCCCAGUACAAGAGACUUCCCCAAGAGCCCCCGGAGGAGGAUGCCGUCUAGCAGGGAGGAGCUACAUGAACCAUAACCGACCUCCACCCCGACUCUAUCUAUGGAUCUGUAGAAAAGAACACCCAUCCGUGUUAGCCACAGCCUUGCCGCUUGGAAGAACUAGUCCAUUUUGCUUAAAUGGUGGGAGUUUUCCCCAAACCACAGUAAUCGUUCUAGGUUUGUUUUUCUAGAUGCCUGACACCGCUUGCCCCCUGAUAGUGGCUGGCCAUUGGAGAUGUUUAUGAUGUUUAUGAUCACCUACACACUCCAGUCACGCUGGUUCAUGACUCUUUGAUCACAUUCAACAACAGAAGCUUUUGACACACCCCCCCUCCAUAUUUGCUUCCCAGUUUGUUAGCAGACAGUGAGUUUUCUGGUUUCCCCCCCGAUCUGGAGUCCUCCCUUUCCAAGGUUUAUCUCAGAUUA